AUGUUGCCAGUAAUUUCCAGCCAUCGUCUUUGGUGGAGUAGGCUUCAGAGGGGAAUCUGCAUGAACCAGCUAGUUGUAAGAAGGCAGCACUUUCAGCAAAAGCACAUCAGAGUUGGAGACCGGGCUGAACUCAGCAGGGCCUUCACACAGAGGGAUGUGGUUGCCUUCUCAGAAUUAACGGGGGAUGUCAAUCCUUUGCAUUUAAAUGAAGAUUUUGCAAAACACACCAAGUUUGGAAAGACAAUUGUACAUGGAGUUUUGAUCAAUGGACUUAUUUCAGCUCUCCUGGGUACUAAAAUGCCAGGACCAGGCUGUGUAUUUCUUUCCCAGGAAAUUAACUUUCCAGCCCCUUUAUAUGUUGGAGAAGUUGUUUUAGCUUCUGCGGAAGUGAAAAGGCUGAAGCAGUUCAUUGCUGUUAUUGCUGUGUCAUGUUUUGUAAGAGAAAGUGAAAAGACUGUUAUGGAAGGCUGGGUUAAAGUUAUGGUUCCAGAAGCUCCCAAAUCCUGAUAUAUGUGUUUAAAGAUGCAAGCUCAGACAUCAGUGUCACUGUUACUGAAGUGCCUCUGAGGAAAACAUUGCUAUUCUUCAACAAGGAAUGGCCAGCAGAUCCAGCAUCUCCUAUACGGGGGAGGGGAGCAGGCAGCAAGGUGUUCACAUGCCUACUUGAUAAUUUGGCCUUAAUGCUUCAUGCAUACUUGAGUAUAUUUAUCAUGUCUAGGUUUGUAAAAUUGAAAAAAUAUUGGAAAUGUUAUAAUGUAGCUAAAGGUUCUACUUUUAGGAUUUUGAACCAAGUUAAAUUUUCAUUUGGAUGACACAAAUUUAACUAUAUAUAGAAUAAAUUUCUCACUGACUCUAUAGCUAGCUAGUACUUUUAUUGAAGGCAACAAAAGAAGUUGGAUCAUCUUUGAACACCUAUCUUUUACCAGUAAAUAGCCUUGAAUACUGUUCUUCAGCAGUUUCUGGGUCAGAGUUUUUUGUAAUUUGUUACUGUUUACACCAAGAUGGCAUCUUGUCUAACCUUCAGGUGGUACUUGCCUUUCAGAUGGUUUUCCUGCUAUCAGAAAAAGGUUUAUAUGCAGACUUGGACUCAGUUAUGUAAACUCUUGGUCUAAUCUAUAAAAUGGGGGUAAUAACACCACACAGGAUUGUUGAAGAUGAUAGACACAAAUAGCAAAACACAAGGCCUUGCCUGUGACCAGUAGCUACUACUAUUGUCCAUUCUGCUCUGUGAAGGAGGUUAGCCUAAGUUUAAAGCUAACUGGCCCACAGGUAAACAGCCCAAUCUUUAUGAUGUCAACCAAUCUCUUGGUAUUCUAAACCUGGAAUAGAUCUUGAGUGCAAAGUUUCUAUUUUAGUAAUCCAGAUUAUUUUCUCUCUUCCUUGAAAAUAUUGUGGGUUGCCCCUUUAUAUAAAUAAUAUAUGCUUGUAAAAAUAAAAUUAUAAAUAAAA